AAGUCAAAGUCCCCAGCCCAAGCUCGCCACUCAUAAAUGAAGACGCCCAGCAUCACUAUCUGCCUAGCGGCACUUGCAGUAACAGCGAACACUGCUGCCGCGGCUUGGAGCCACGCAGAAGCUACGGCUGCGGUCCCGGUACCGGAGAAUCCUCCCAUCUCGAGCGUGAUACCGACACCGCUGAGCGCUAGCGCGACUUCCACCAGCCCGCUGUGCUUGUCGACGGUGACAUGCGCGACCACCACCCCGGGCGUUACCUCGGACUGCUUCACGGAAGUGCCGUGCCCGACCAGUACGGCGGCCAAGAAGGUAUCUGCCUAAGGAGCAGAAACGACGCGCACGGUCCAUAGGAGCAUGGAAUGCGCGACCGGAUGCGUUGCCUCGAAGUCACUUUUUCCCCGUCACAGAACAUAUCGUAACUCAAUGAAGACGUUUUGAUCACCAUGUCGAUGAGUUCUGAUAUAGAAUGUGCUGGUAGCGUUCAGUGUGCGUGCGAGUACAUCGAGUACCUGUGAUGAGCGUCAAUCUCGCGAUAAACCAAUGCCAUUGUCAGAUCAUACCUGCUAU